UCUCUCUUACUAAACACACAGUGACUUUGGGCUGGAUAAUCCUCAAAUUUACCUCGCCCUUUCACUGCUAGCAGGAUCAGAUUGCAUUCUUUCAGUAUUCUCCACUCCCGACUUUCUUGAUCCGUUUAAAAGAAGUGAGAAGUUAAGUCCUCUUUUCAAUACCAGGAAGGGAAAACAAAAUAGCCUCAAGUCCGUUUUGAAAAAAUCUUUCCAAGAACUUUCGUCAGAGAUUUUACUCAUGAUUUAUGCAAUGCAGAAAGAACACGUGUUCUGGGCUUCUGUAUGCCUGUUGCUUUGUCUUGCCCCUGUGCCUCUUAAUGCUGUUCCUGAGGAAGAUGAAGAACACACAAAUAUUACAGGUACUAAGUUGCCACCACUGAAAUUGAUACAUUCAUUUUGUGCAUUGAAGGCGGAUGAUGGGCCAUGCAAAGCAAUGAUGAAGAGAUUUUUUUUCAAUAUUCUCACUCAGCAAUGUGAAGAAUUUGUUUAUGGGGGCUGUGAAGGAAAUCAGAAUCGAUUUGAAAGUUUGGAAGAGUGCAAAGAAAAAUGUGCAGUUGGUUAUCCAAAGAAGACUCUAAGGAAGACAUUGAGAAAAGAAAAGCCAGAUUUCUGCUUUUUGGAAGAAGAUGCUGGAAUCUGUCGAGGUUAUAUUACCAGGUAUUUUUAUAGCAAUCAGUCAAAACAGUGUGAGCGUUUCAAGUACGGUGGGUGCCUGGGCAAUCCAAACAACUUUGAAUCAUUGGAAGAAUGCAGGAACACCUGUGAGGAUGUAUCAAAUGAUUUCCAGGUGGAUGAUUAUAGAACACAGCUUGAUUCUAAAAACAAUAUCUCUGUGACUUCCCAACCUACCAAAGUUCCCAGCCUUUGGGAAUUUCAUGGUCCCUCAUGGUGUCUCACCCCAGCAGACAGAGGACUGUGUCAAGCCAGUGAAAAGAGAUUCUAUUAUAAUUCAGUCAUUGGGAAAUGCCGCCCAUUUAAGUAUAGUGGAUGUGGUGGAAAUGAAAAUAAUUUUACUUCUAAAAGAGCAUGUGUUAGGUCAUGUAUAAAAGGUUUCAUCCAAAGGAUAUCAAAAGAAGGACUAAUUAAAACAAAAAGAAAAAGAAAGAAGCAGACAGUAAAAAUAGUAUAUGAAGAAGUUUUUAUUAAGAAGAUAUAAAUUACUACGAGAGCAUUAAUUCUACUGUUUUAUACAAAGCAUUUCACUAUGACUUCUGUUUUUUCCUUUGCUAACAUAUUUUUAAUGAACAUGUUCAUUGAGUAAUUUUCUAGUCUUAUACCUACUAUUAAUCCAUUUGUAUCAGAGUUCCUCUUCUAAUCUGGUUAAAUUGCUUAUUCUAGGUACAAUUUAUUAGCUAGCUAAUGUGAAUUUAUUCUAUAACUUAAACCCUAACUAUUCCUCAUUUAACUACAAAUUAUCAUACCACUAAUCACAUUAACUUGGGUUAUUUUUUUCCAAUUUGAUUAUCAUCUAUUUGAAAAUACACUUGCACUUAUUCGUUACAAUCAUUUAUGAGAUGAUAUCUUUUAUAAUCUAUGACCAGAUUCAGAAAUGCAGUUUUGAAAGAACAAGCAACCUUUGGGUUUCACAUCUAAAAUGAUUUAAAAACACCUGAUUCUAAUAAAGAUCACUCAACUGAACAUUUAGAAAUCACCAGUAAUAAUACAAUUCUGUCCUGUGCUUCCAUCACUUGGCAUGUUUUAUUCACCUUUUGUAGCUAUCAAUACCUCCAUCAAUAUUGAGCCAAGCUGUCUUUAAACAAAGAACAGUCAACUGCAUAAUGUGCCUGCCUGAUUUCAGUUGGUUUAAAAUUUCUUUUGUCUAUGAUCCACUCUAUCAGUGAAAUGGUUGAAUAGUUGUGUAUUAAAUAUAGUUCAUAAGAAAAAACUUUAUGGAAAAGGAAAGUUUUAAUAGCCAACGAUAUGAAUUUUUGUAUGUACUUGCUAAUUUUAUAAUUUGAUAAACUUUUCUCUCACCCAAAAUAGCAAAAAUUGAAAUCGGUAUUUAGUCAUUAGGCUCUGUAUACACUGCAACCAGUAACUAGUGCUCAAAAAAGGCUAUUUUUGUGACAGAGAAAUUAUUGAGAAGGAAGAAAAUCCCAGCUCUAUUCACUCAGGGUUUUAACUAACAUUUCUGUGGAAUUAUAUCCCCUAUCCUAUAUCUAAACUUAUAUCUUUCCACUGUAAUGAGCAAAAUCCCUUUGGCAGCUCAAAAGCCUCCUGGACAUCCACCUUCUAUAACCUUCACAUGAAGCUUUACAUGUAAACUCGAGGCUGUCAUCUAGAAAUAACAAACCACUUUGUCCAUUUGGUUUCAUUACUUUUCCUGAGCAAUUGAAUUAUAAUUCUCUCUCUUCCUUCACACUGAAAGUUCGAAUGCAAUUUAGAGUUUUUAUUUUUCCUCAUAUACUAAACCACAAAUCCUCUCCAAAUCACUUCUUUCCUUUCCCAUCAAGUUCAUCCAAUCCCCAGUCUUUUUACUCUCUACUCUAUCCUAUAUCAUCCAUACUGAGUUAAUUUCUCAGAAAUUUAGUAUAUUUCUCUACCACUCCACAUCUUAACCCCACAACCCCCACUCCCACAAUUUAAUUUUGAUAUAUAUUUUUGGAUUUACCUAAUGAUACUUUCUUUCAUAACUACUAUAAUUUAGUUAAGAAUAUUCACUGUUCACUGAAUAUAUCUUUAAUCACUCAGCUUAUUUAUGCUGAUUUUAUAUUUAAAAAUAUGAUCUUCCAGGAUCCUCAUCUGAAGUCAGGGUUCAGCUGAUGCCAGCUUCAGAGUUGCUGUACUUCAAGAUAGAAUGUGAAAAGUUCUGAUAUCCAAUGACAAACCAUUUUCAUCCUGUGGUACAGAAUACCAACACAAAAUAAUGUCAACUUAUUCAGUUUAAGAAUUUUAUAUCAUAAUUUUGAAUGUUUGAUACAUAAACAAUUGCCAUAAACUGGGUCUUUGCUACAGAGGUUGAAACUUCAGGAAAUCAAAAUCCCUUGUGAAACAUGUUCUGCUGUCAUCUGUUCCUGGAUAGCAAUAGUUAAAUAAGAGAGGUGUCCUUAGGUCGUGUGGCACGUUGCUGCCAGGGACGUAUAAACACCAUUUUGGUGACAUAAAUUAUCCUUUUUUACAGCAAUAAUUCAGUAUUUCAUUACUUAAUCAAGAAAGCAUACACUGAAAUAGGUUACAGUGUUUAAUGCAUGUGAAUAUUGUUUUUACUGUAUUUUAAAUAAGAAUUACCACCAUGAUAGUGUCUUCUUUUAUUUUGCAUUAUUAAAUGCAUAUAUAACUGUGAAUUUUAUACAGAAUUACACUAUACAGCAUAUAUGUGCAUUAUCCUACUUUGUUUAUUCUCUGUAGUCAAAAUUAAGUGGUCAUGCUGAAAACUGUUAAAAUGAUUUUAUUUUUUACAUUGUAAGAAGUAAAAUUUAUGAUACUGAACAA